AUGGAGCUUCCACUAUUAUUGCUGUCAGCAACAGCAGCAACACUUACCAACGCGUACCCACGUAACGUCAAAAUAAUGUCAGAGGGCGGAGCUUUCAGGCAAGCAAACGCAACAGAAGAAGCCAAGGUCUCAGCCGCGAUGGCAGACCAAGACAAGCAGCUCCUGGAGGCACAUAUUCCCAACAUUUCUAAGAACUGCAUACCGUCUGCAGAUGGCACUUUCAACAAAGUCCUUACCCCAGGAUGCGUCGAGGUGAUUGGCUUCUCGCUCGAGACCGCGACUGAGCUUGAUGACGCUUACCGAGAAGGUGACAGUGCAGCUGAUAGCCACACGGAGGCUGCCGAGACGGAGCUAUUACUCAUGAUCGAGCACGUCGUCGAAGGAGCCGUGGACCGCCGCCUCAACGACCGCCUCAACAACCUCGGCACGCAGCUGGCCAGCGAGGAGGGUCCUCAUGAUCUGGCAGCACUCCAGGAGGAUGUUAGCCGGGUCCAGGAAAUGCGCAUUCAACGCCUGAACAAAGAUCCGUCCACUGAGAAAGCUUCAAAGCAUGUCCUUUCAGACUCGAUCUGCGACAAAGCUUGCCGCACGCAGAUGGACGUGGCCAUAGCAGAAGCUGCGGUGAAAAUCGCAGAUGCUCUCCUCGAAGCUCGUUUUGCUGUCGACGAUAUCCUCAAUAUCGUUCGGAACUACAAUGGCCUUUCCGACGAAAAUCGACAGAAGUUCGAUGGUAUUGUGCCGCUCAUAGUGCAACUUGCGCUCAAGGUCGAGACUAUGAUGGGACUGGCGAGCGUUAAUCCAGGAGGUGACGGGGUGAAAGAGUUUGAUGGAAUGGUUGCCCAGAUGCAAACCGACUUGGAGCGCGCUUUCGACUCGGGGAUCUGGACUGCAUUUGAGGCACCACCUCUUCAGCAGGAGCAGGAAUCAGAGGAGGAACCAAAGCUCAUGCCGAUAAAGACACACGAACUGGAUCCAAUACAUGACGAGGCGGUCCCAGUGACUGAAGAAGUCUCGCCCGAAGAGGAAGAAGGCGAGAACCACAGCGAGGCGAUCAACAAGUCUUUGAGUCCAUUCCACUCAACAUGGGCCCAGGUUGCUUCCGUCCUGGGCAUGCUAGGACUCUCCUUGGUGGUCCUUCUUUGCGUCCAGCGUUGCAAUGCUCAGAAGCGCAAGCAGCAAUAUCGAGCAUUGAGGACUGCUGACUCCUUUGAGCUGAACGAGAGCAUGAGCGAUGGCAUAAGCGAGACGGAGGAGCUUAUAGCCAAAGUAACCGAGUAG